GCCAGUGGCUGAGAAGAACUUUGCAAUGAACCAUGCUGUGAAAAUUCAGCAGCAAAGGAGGAAUAUGCUUGUCUUUGACUAAAAAAAAGUCCUUUUCUACCCCCCACCCCCACCCCCACCCCAUCCCGGACCGGAUUAAUCAUGAAAGAUUCGCUCAACAUUCCACUUGUACAGAUCUUCACUCUGGCUGCUUUCAGCUUGGCUGAGAAACUCCCCAAAGCACCCAUGAUCACCACUCCUCUCGAAACAGUGGAUGCCCUAGUUGAAGAGGCAGCCACCUUCAUGUGUGUAGUACAAUCUUUCCCCCAGGCAGAGGUUACCUGGACACGUAAUAACAUUCCGAUCAGACUCUUUGACACACGGUAUAGCAUACGGGAAAACGGACAGCUCCUAACCAUUCUGAGCGUGGAGGAUAGCGAUGACGGGGUGUACUGCUGCACUGCAAACAACGGAGUGGGAUCAUCAGCAGAAAGCUGUGGGGCACUACAGGUGAAAAUGAAACCCAAAAUAACCCGUCCACCGUCAAAUGUGAAAAUAAUUGAAGGAUUAAAGGCUGUUUUUCCAUGCACUACAAUGGGGAAUCCCAAGCCUUCAGUAUCAUGGAUCAAAGGAGAAAAUGUUAUAAAGGAAAAUACUCGGAUUGCUAUCCUUGAAUCGGGCAGCUUAAGGAUUCAUAAUGUUCAAAGAGAAGACGGUGGUCAUUAUCGAUGUGUGGCAAAGAAUAGCCUUGGGACAGCCUACUCAAAGCUGGUCAUUCUGGAAGUGGAAGUUUUUGCCCGAAUCCUGAAAGCUCCUGAAUCCUACAACGUCAGCUUUGGCUCUGUGGUAACUCUACGAUGUGCAGCAACAGGCAUUCCGACUCCUACUGUAACAUGGCUUGAGAAUGGAAAAGCUGUCUCAGCAGGAUCCAUUGUAGAAACAGUAAAAGAGAGAGUGAUUGAUUCUAGGCUGCAAGUUUACGUCACCCGGCCUGGUUUGUUCACCUGCAUAGCCACCAACAAGCACAGUGAAACGUAUGGCACUGCAAAAGCUGCAGCCACUAUCAAUGUAUCAGGUAUCAGACUCUACAAGGGCGACGCAGGCUACUGCAGCACGUACCAAGGAGAGGUGUGCAGUGCUCUGUUGGCGAAGGAUGCGUUUGUUUUCUUCAACGGCUCCUACGGAGACCCAGAGGAGACCCAAGAACUGCUUGUGCGCACAGCAUGGACUGAGUUGAAAACAGUGAGUCCCUUUUGCCGUCCGGCUGCUGAGUCACUGCUGUGUCACUACAUCUUCCAGGAGUGCAGUCCCUCAAGGAUCGGACCUGCUCCCAAACCUGUUUGCAGAGAGCAUUGCCUUGCUGUAAAGGAUCUCUACUGCUUUAAGGAAUGGCUUUCGAUGGAAGAAAAUGCCCGCAAAGGGAUCUACAAACCUGGACUGAUGUUACUAACCCUGCCAGAGUGUAACAGACUUCCCAGCAUGCACCAGGACCCCAAGGCCUGCAAGAGGAUCCCACAUUUUGAUCUUAAAAAGGAAGGUACAACAACAACCUGUUACAAGGGCAAUGGUUUAACCUACGAAGGUUCUGUCAAUGUGACUGCCUCUGGCAUUCCUUGUCAGAAAUGGAGUGAACAGAUACCUCAUUCACACAGAAGAACCCCACAAGUAUUCCCAGAGCUCUCCAAUGCAGUAAACUAUUGUCGCAAUCCAGGGGGUGAAAAUGGACGGCCCUGGUGUUACACAAAGGACUCGUCUGUAAAAUGGGAAUACUGCAAUAUACCUCGCUGUGGAGAUGAACCUUUGGCACAAGGAACAGCAAAGCCCAGUACAGCGGCUCCACGUUUCCCUUCGUCUUCCUCUUUCUCCCCAACGUACUCCAUGACCGUCAUCGUCUCCAUCAUUUCCAGCUUUGCAAUGCUUAUCAUUCUCAUUAUCAUGGCUCUUGUUUGCUGUCGGAGGCGCAGGCAAUGGAAAAACAAAACAAGGGAGUCGGCGCCCCCAGCCCUGACGACACUUCCUUCCGAGCUUUUAUUGGACAGAUUGCACCCCAAUCCCAUGUACCAGCGCAUGCCUCUGCUCUUGAACCCAAAGUUAUUCAGCCUGGAGUAUCCACGAAACAAUAUUGAAUAUGUGAGAGAUAUCGGAGAAGGAGCAUUUGGACGGGUCUUUCAAGCGAGGGCACCAGGACUGCUUCCUUAUGAGCCGUUCACAAUGGUGGCAGUGAAGAUGCUCAAAGAAGAAGCCUCAGCUGAUAUGCAGGCUGACUUUCAGAGAGAGGCUGCCCUCAUGGCUGAAUUUGAUAAUCCAAACAUUGUCAAACUUUUAGGGGUGUGUGCUGUUGGAAAGCCAAUGUGUCUACUUUUUGAAUACAUGGCCUUUGGAGAUCUCAAUGAAUACCUGCGCCAUCGAUCACCGCGCAACCUCUGUAGCCUGAGCAACAAUAAUCUUGACAUAAGGAUCCGGCCCUCCAGCCCUAACUUGCUGGCUCUCUCUUGCGUCGACCAGCUCUGCAUUGCCAAGCAGGUGGCAGCCGGAAUGGCCUACCUCUCAGAACGCAAGUUUGUGCACCGGGACUUGGCCACCAGGAACUGCUUAGUGGGAGAAAACAUGGUGGUGAAAAUUGCAGACUUUGGUCUUUCCAGAAACAUGUACUCAGCAGACUAUUACAAAGCCAACGAAAACGAUGCCAUUCCCAUACGAUGGAUGCCCCCCGAGUCCAUCUUCUACAAUCGCUACACAACGGAGUCUGACGUUUGGGCUUAUGGCGUGGUCCUGUGGGAGAUCUUUGCCUUUGGCAUGCAACCCUAUUAUGGGAUGGCUCACGAGGAAGUCAUCUAUUACGUGAGGGAUGGCAAUGUCCUCUCUUGCCCAGAUAACUGCCCGCUGGAGCUAUACAACCUCAUGCGCCUUUGUUGGAGCAAGCUGCCUUCUGACAGGCCGAGCUUUGCAAGUAUCCAUCGUAUUUUGGAACGCAUGUAUGAGAGGGUGGCAGCAGCGGCGGAACAUGCUUAGGCUUGGAAGAAAGAGAGCGCUUGGGCCUGAUACCUGUGACUCAGGCAACGUUCCCAAUAGAAGAUUGAAGCAAGUGAGCACUUUUGCUUGAGUGAAGACUGCAGGAUCAGAAAGCGUCACCACUGCAUUUUUAAACCAAACCAAACCAAACCCGUCAUUCUCAAUAUGCCACUUUUUAAAAUUUCCUUUUAAAACUUUUUUUCAUGGCUUUCUGUUUUGCCAGGAACAAAAAUAAAAUCUCAACGUGCAUAAAUUCCAGUGCUAAAAACAAGAUCGCCAUAAGCUAACACAGCAGCAGAAUCUCAAAUACAAAAUCAAUGGAAAGAGCAAAAAUACUAAAAACAACCACCUGCCUAAAUCAAGGCUUUGGUCAAUUCUAAAACCUCAGCUCCAAAUGCUUUCCAGAUCUUGAGGGUCUUCACAGUUGAUUUUGAACACGUCUACAUGUCGUUGCCUUGCCCUGAGUCAGAGCAGCGGUCCAUCUAGCACCAUAUUAUCUACUCUCAACCGGAAGCAGUUCUCCAAAAUCUUUGAGGGAGGAGGUCUUCCCUCCCAGCCCUUCCUUGACUUGAGGUGCUGGGAAUUGACCUUGAGACUGCUUACAUGUGAAGCGUUUGCCCUACUCCUGAGCUCUGAUCCCACCAUGCAAGUGGAGGGGGCUGCUCUACUGAAGCCAUUUGGAAUGAAAUGGAAGGGGGUUUGCUCAUGUCAGGCAGAGCAUUUGUGUCAGAAACACUGAAAGAAGCCAGUUUUGUUGGCAGGAAAAAAAAUCUCUUGCAAUCAGCCUGCUGAGUUGCAUAGAAGUUCCUAUUUUCAAUUUGUAAUUUGCUGACUUCACACAAGGAUAUCAGGUGCUGGAUUUCCUUGUUUUUAGAGUUCAGCUUCUGGGCUUAUUCCACACACAACCAAUCCCUCGCCUCCACCGCCAAUGAUUUUGACUUUUUCAGAGGUGGGAACAGAUGUUGUCCCAAUGGUUGCACCAAACAGUAGUUGCUGCAGCCACCACUGCAUUGACGAGUGAUAUUUUCACAGAUUUUUCAAGAAAUGGUGGUUGCAGAGCCA